CCCCGUUGGCAGAGGGGCCGCCUUUCCUGCCGGCUCCUUCCCUACGACCUGUCUCUCGGAGCGGGGGCAGCGGGAGGCCUCCUCGCCCUCCCGGAGCUGGGACAGCCAUGCAGGCCCGCUAUUCCGUCUCGGAUCCCAACGCUCUGGGAGUGGUACCCUAUCUGAGCGAGCAGAAUUACUACCGGACGGCGGGCACCUAUGGAGGCAUGGCCGGCUCGCUGGGGGUUUACGCCGGCCACCCGGAGCAAUACGCGGCCGGCUUGGGACGCUCGUACGGGCCCUACCCGGGCCACCAGCCGGUCCAGGCUCCGAAGGACCUGGUGAAGCCGCCUUACAGCUACAUCGCGCUGAUCACCAUGGCCAUCCAGAACGCGCCGGAGAAGAAGAUCACGCUCAACGGCAUCUACCAGUUCAUCAUGGAGCGCUUCCCCUUCUACCGGGAGAACAAGCAGGGCUGGCAGAAUUCCAUCCGCCACAACCUCUCGCUCAACGAGUGCUUCGUCAAGGUGCCCCGCGACGACAAGAAGCCGGGGAAGGGCAGCUACUGGACGCUGGACCCCGACUCCUACAACAUGUUCGAGAACGGCUCGUUCUUGCGUCGCCGGAGGCGCUUCAAGAAGAAAGACGUCUCCAAGGAGAAGGAGGAGAGCCCGCGGGAGAAGCACCACAAGGAGCCGGUCAAGGCCGCUUCCGAGCUGGCUAAGGAGCCGUCGCCCCCGUCGGUCUCGGCGCCCGUCCCGGCUUCGUCGGACAAGAAAGUGGUCAUCAAGAGCGAGGCCUCUUCGCCCGAGCUGCCCGUGAUCACCAAAGUGGAGACGCUCAGCCCGGAGAGCGGCAGCGCCUUGCAGGACAGCCCGCGCAGCGUGGCCUCCACGCCGUCGCUCUCCACCGAGGGCUCUUUGCCCGGCGAGCCCCACCAGGCCCACCAACCUCACCCGCACCACCACCCGGCCGCCGGCGCCAACGGCUUGCCGGGCUUCAGCGUGGAGAACAUCAUGACCCUGCGGACUUCUCCGGGGGGCGAGUUGAGCCCCGUGGGCAGGACGCCGACGGGCCUUUGCGGCUCCUCUUUGCCCCUGGGCUACGGCCAGGCGCCCGCCUCGUCCAUCUACAGCCAGGCCUGCAGCCAGGGGGGCUUGGGCGAGGCCGGAGGCAGCUACCAGUGCAGCAUGCGCGCCAUGAGCCUCUACACGGGCGAGCGCAACGCGCAUCUCUGCGGCGCCGGGUCGCUGGAAGAGGCCGCCGCCUCGAUGUCGGAGCCUCCGCCGCAAGUGGCCAACGGCGCCCCCUCGCCCCUGGCCGGCCUGAACCUGGCGCAAGGGGGGCAGCAGCAGCAGCAGGAGACGUCCCUGCCUCCCAGCAACCAUCACCAUCAGCCCGCGCACCACCACCAACACCAUCAUCCACUGCCGCAUCACCAAGCCCCGGGCCAAGCGGCCGCUGCAGCCGCCGCCGCCGCCGCAGCAGCAUCCUGGUACCUGAACCACGCAUCGGAGAUCAACCAGCCUCUCCCCAGCCACACCUUCGGCGCCCAGCAACAGAGUUUCCCCAACGUGCGGGAAAUGUUCAACACUCACCGGCUGGGAUUAGAGACCUCGACGGCGCUGAACGAGCAACAGGUGAGCCCCACCACCUGCGAGCUGUCCUACCGGGCUCCUCCCUCCAUUUACCGCCACUCCGCCCCUUAUUCUUACGACUGCGCUAAAUACUGACUGGCCUCCGGGUUAAGCAGACAGACAGACAGACAGACAGAGGGACAGAGGGACCCCGGGAAAGGGGGCCUCGCCCCCCCAAACUCAGCAGGCGGACAAUAGAAGGAAAAUUAGGCCUCUGGUUUUAUUUUUUAAAAUUAGUUGGGGAAAGCCAACCAAACUGUCUCUGGUUUUUAUUUCCCCCAAAGCAAAAAGAAAGAACAAAAAAAAACAAAAAUCACCCCUCCCCCACUUUCCCGUCCAAAGUCAAUAAAAAGGACCCUAAAAUUCGAUUCCCCCGCAACGACUUAUUUUCCAGUCCAGUUAUUUCUGUUGAGGGGUGGGGAGUAAAACAGCCAACACUAGAAACGAAAAAAGAAGAAAGUGAUAUGGGGUGUGGGCUUUCUUGAACAUAAAUAUUAUUAUUAUUAUUAAUAAUAAUAAAAGAUGAGUCAAAAACGGAUAUUAAAUAUGUUGGCGAUGGUGGGCAGUAUAAAAUCGCUGAUUCCAGAAGGACGGCUUAUACAAUUUUGAAAAGAGGAGAAUAAUAAUGGACACGCUACAUAAAUAUAAAUGUAUAAUGUCUUGUUUGGUUGGUUUUGUUUUAAUGAGGGGAUUAUUCCAUUUAUCGCGUUGUAAAUAUGUGUGUGGAUUUUGAAUUAGGCUUCCGUGGAGGGCCGUUAAUAUAAUAUUUAAAGUUGAGGUCACUGGAUUAUUCCUCUCUCAGCCCCCUUUCUCCCCCCUCCCCGCUGCCAAAUGAAUUAUACUUUUCCUCUUAUUCCUUUAGUUUUAUGUACAAACUUUCAUUUUAAAGAAAAAAAACCUCCUUUUUAAAGUUAGUCUUUUUUUAUAUAUAUAUGAAUAAUUUAUUUCCCCCUUCCUUGUUGAAUAUUUCCUGCCUCCCAAAAGUGGAAUAAGAGAAGUGGUGGGGUGGGAAAACCAAAUGUUUUUCUUUUUUUUUUUAAGUGGGGAAAGAG